UUCAGGCAUUUGUGAAAGAUGUCCAUGAAGAUUCAAUAACUGUUGCAUUUGAGAAUAACUGGCAGCCAGAGAGACAGAUUCCAUUCCACGAUGUCAGGUUCCCUCCACCUACAGGGUACAAUAAAGAUAUAAAUGAAAGUGAUGAGGUUGAGGUUUAUUCCAGGGCUAACGAAAAGGAACCAUGUUGCUGGUGGCUGGCUAAAGUGAGAAUGAUAAAGGGUGAGUUUUAUGUAAUAGAAUAUGCUGCUUGUGAUGCUACCUACAAUGAAAUUGUCACAAUUGAGCGUUUGAGAUCUGUCAAUCCUAACAAACCUGCAACCAAGGAUACUUUUCAUAAGAUUAAGCUUGAUGUACCUGAAGAUUUAAGGCAGAUGUGUGCUAAAGAAUCUGCCCACAAAGAUUUCAAAAAGGCAGUUGGGGCAUUUUCUGUAACCUACGAUCCUGAGGCUCAUCAACUUAUCAUUUUGUCUAUUAAUGAAGUAACAACAAAACGUGCAAAUAUGUUAAUUGAUAUGCACUUUCGAAGUCUUCGGACCAAGUUAUCCUUGAUAAUGAGAAAUGAAGAAGCAAGCAAACAACUAGAGAGCUCAAGGCAGCUUGCUUCAAGAUUUCAUGAGCAGUUUGUUGUACGUGAAGAUCUGAUGGGUCUCGCUAUUGGCACUCACGGAGCUAACAUCCAGCAAGCCCGGAAGGUACCAGGAGUGACAGCAAUUGAUCUUGAUGAGGACACUUGUACAUUCCAUAUUUAUGGGGAGGAUCAAGAUGCAGUGAAGAAGGCCAGAAGUUACCUUGAAUUUGCUGAGGAUGUCAUCCAGGUCCCAAGAAACUUAGUAGGAAAGGUUAUAGGGAAAAAUGGAAAACUCAUUCAAGAGAUAGUGGAUAAAUCUGGAGUUGUGAGAGUGCGAAUUGAGGCUGAAAAUGAUAAAAAUAUUCCACAGGAAGAGGGAAUGGUCCCAUUUGUCUUUGUGGGAACCAAGGACAGCAUCACAAACGCCACCGUUCUCUUGGAUUACCACCUCAAUUAUUUAAAGGAAGUGGAUCAGCUCUGUUUGGAGAGGUUGCAGAUUGACGAGCAGCUUCGACAGAUUGGGGCCACCUCAAGGCCACCCCCGAAUCGCCCCGAUAAAGAAAAGGUGUAUAUGUCUGACGACGGUCCCAGUCUCGGAAGAGGUGGCCGACCUUACAGGAACCGAGGCCACAGCAGGCGUGGUCCAGGCUACGCUUCAGGAACUAACUCUGAAGCAUCCAAUGCUUCUGAAACAGAGUCUGAUCACCGAGAUGAGCUGAGCGACUGGUCCUUAGCCCCAGCGGAGGAAGAGCGAGACAGCUACCUGCGCAGAGGGGAUGGGCGAAGGCGUGGAGGAGGCGCCCGCGGCCAAGGCGGAAGAGGCCGGGGAGGGUUCAAAGGAAACGAGGACCAGUCCAGGACAGACAACCGUCAACGCAAAUCAAGAGAUGCUAAAGGGAGAACAGAUGGCUCACUUCAGAUCAGAAUUGACUUCAAUAAUGAAAGGAGUGUCCACACUAAAACCUUACAGAAUACCUCCAGCGAAGCUAGCCGGCUGCGGACGGGUAAGGAUCGUAACCAGAAGAAAGAAAAAUCGGACAGCGGAGAAAGUCAGCAACCGUUGGUGAAUGGCGUGCCCUAAACUGCAUAGCUCGAGAAGUCGUAUUUCCUAAACUGUUCCAGUAAAUCUUAUUCCACAUUAGAGAAACUUGUUAGGCCAAAGACAAAUAGUAGGCAAGAGGGCGGCAGGGCAUGAAAUAUUAAAACUUUAAAAACAAAAACAAAAAAAAAGUUCUGUUAGCCUUUUUUUAACAUCAGCAGUAUGCAGUUUUCUUUUUUCAAAAUAAGACAUUAUACUUGCAUUAAAAUACCUUGAACUUCUGAAAAAAAAACAAUGCUUUCAAGUACAUAUUGCACUUCAAACAAUGAAAGAAUUCCUUUUGUUUGUUUUUAAAAAAAAAUACUGAACUGUGCAUUGGUAUUUCUGUUCAGUUGUACCAUUUUAACGCAUCUGGUCAAAAUCACUGCUAAAUUUCAAUUUUCAGAAUAAAUAAGUGUUUGCGGUAAUCAAAUUGGGCUUCUGUUUUUAAUCUAUUAAAACCUCCUCACUUAAAAUAAAUAAGUAAAAUUGACGCUAUGCUUUUACGUCCUGUGUCAUUUCACACACACUCUUCGGUUCACCUUUAUUUCGGUGUACCCGGAUUAUCUGUGUAAUGUAACUAAAUUGUCAUUUUCAUUAGCAAAAAAAAAAAAAAAGUUGUAUGGUAUGUGCCUUUUUUAUAUCUUGGCAGGUAGGAAUAUUCUUUUUGGAAGCAGAAAUCAGGGAAGAUUUGUUGGAAAUGCUGAACUCUUGUUAACGUACAGGUGUUAGACCUGCUCAGGGCGCAGGAAUCCUUCUCAAGAGCUUGGGUCCAGGUCUUCACAGGUACCUGCUCCACCUUCUCAGUGCCCAGUUUCUCUGGGUUGAGUAGGGAGACCUGAACUGGGUCACCUCACCUGGAAGAGCCUAUGGGUUCCCACCUGCACCCUUUCCAGGCAGAAACACCUGAAUAGGAACUUUAAAUGUACAAUAUAUAUGUAGCAAAACCUCUCCAACAGUUAGUAUUUUUAUUAGAAGAAUGCAUGCUUUCCAUAAUUUUUUUUCCUCGCAUCAACAUCGUUAGGCUGUUUAUAAGAUAGAAACCUAUUUUGCACUGAAGAUAAUGGCAGAUCAUGUUACUGAAGUGGUGGCUUUUUUCUUUGUUUUUAUGUUUCUCCCUUUGUAGUCAGGAUGGAUUUGGGAUUUUGUUUGUUUUUUUUAAAUGUAUACUCCCAAUUGUGACAAUACAGUUAAUGGUUACCAAGGGAACAAACCAGAAUUUGUUCAUAAUGUGUGCCACCUCUGUGGCAGAGGACCAAUUUAAAAGAAUAUGGGUUUUUGUUGUUGUUGUUGUCGUUGAUCACUUCCCCUACAGUUUUGAUACUUAUAUUCAGAUGGGAUAGGAAGAUGAUGGUGUUUUAUGCGGCUCUUUGUAAAAUUCAGGGAUAUACUGUACUUUGACAGCAUUGGAUAUAGAUCAAUUUUUAAGGUCUCAUUCACAAGUAGUUUAAAAACCUGUAAUCGAAGUUGGUGUAAGGUUGUUGUCCAUAAUUGGGGAUGAGGCGUGCUUUCUAUUUCCAAUCAUGAAUGAAAUUUACAUGGAAAAAUAAAACACAGUAGGACAUUUCAUUUUAAGCUAUUCUGUUUUUUUUAUUAAAAUUACUCCAGUGGGAGUGUUGCUGAUUGUGUACAAAAUUGUACAAACUGCAGCCACACAGUCUGUGUUGGGUUUUUGUUUGUUUCUGUGUUUUUUUCAUUUUACCUUUUUUUUUUUUUUUUUACUUUGCGUACAAGCAAGCAUAUAAAAAUGGCAACAAACUGCACACAACUUAACGAAAAAGUCUUAAAUAUUGCCAAACAUUAAAUGUUGAUUUCUAAUUAUUUAUUUUGGGGGAAUGUAUAGUAUUUGAAAACUGAAAUUGGUACCUUGCACACAUCAUCUGUAAGCUGUUUGGUUUAAAAUACUGUAGAUAAUUAACCAAGGUAGAAUGACCUUGUAAUGUAACUGCUCUUGGGCAAUAUUCUCUGUACAUAUUAGCUACAACAGAUUGGAUUUUAUGUUGACAUUUGUUUGGUUAUAGUGCAAUAUAUUUUGUAUGCAAGCAGUUUCAAUAAAGUUGGAUCUUCCUCUGCUA